CAGGAUCACAAACAUACAAGCCAUAGCCUUGUUCAGCUUCUCCCUUACAUGAAAAUUACUAAAUCUCUCAUAAUGUCAUCCAGAGGUGGAGUCCCGCCCAACAUCAGUGUCUCAGUAGACUUCCUGGCCUCCUUCUCACCUUCCCCCUCCAGCACCCCUCCAUCUCCUUCUUGCAGCAUCGACGAGUCCUACAAAUACAUCUUCCUCCCCAUCUGUUACUCUUUCACAUUCUUAUUCAGCAUUUCCCUUAACUCUGUCAUCCUCUACCGCUCCUUCAGCCGGACCAAGCGCUGGAAUGCUUCGCUGAUCUACAUGGUCAACCUGGCCUCUACAGACUUCAUGUACGGCCUGUCACUGCCAUUCCUUGUGGCUAGUUACAUCAUGCGUGAUCGCUGGGUCUUCGGGGACUUCAUGUGCCGGUUGGUCCGUUUUCUCUUCUACUUUAACCUCUACUGCUCCAUCUUCUUCCUCACUUGCAUAUCUGUCCACAGAUACCUUGGUAUCUGCCACCCAAUGAAAGUCAUCACACUGGAGACCAAGAAAGCUGUCAAGUGCACUUGUGUUGUGGUCUGGAUUGUAGUCUUUGCUUUGACCUGCCCUAUUUUCCGGUUUGCUCAGACUGGUCACGUGACAAGAUUAGCAGGGCUUGGCAGCAAUGCAACUAUUAUUGACAACCCAAGCCAGGAGGUAUCAUUGAUAAAUGCUAAUGCCACAUAUGGAAACAUGGGAAGGGUUGCUGAGGCAUACCAGAAUUGUUGGGAUGAUGCCAUAGAUAAGGAGUUCCCUGAUUACAUACCCUAUGGCAUUAUACUUCAUUUGCUGGGCUUUUUUGUGCCCUUUUCCAUUAUAGCUUGGUGUUACUCUCAUGUUGUUUUGACCAUAUUUAGGACUCUACAUUCUCAGCCCUCAUCCUGCAGAGCUCAAAGAGAUAAAGGACAUGGAGGAAUGGAGAGAGGAGAGAGAGGUAGCCCUGCAAUAGUUGGAAGAGGAAGAAGAGGAAGCACUGGAAUGUCAAGCGCAGUGGGAAGAGAUCAAGGGAUUUCCAUCUUCCUUGGCGCCCACUCCCCUUAUGCCAAUCGCAGACGUAAAUCUAUCAAGACCAUCAUCACCAUCACCCUUCUCUUUGCUCUGUGUUUCUUCCCUUUUCAUGUUACUAGAACCAUCUUCCUCCUCCUGAAAGUGACCAAGGGAGUUCCAUGUCACACCAUGACCAUGGUCUCCAUGUGCUAUAAGAUCACACGGCCUUUAGCAUCAUUCAAUGCAUGGCUCAAUGCCCUCCUUUACUUCCUGACUAAAGACAAGGGAGGGGCCCACUGCUGCCAAACAGUAAACACCACCACCACUCAACAACAUGGUGGGCUUCUUUUGCCACUGAGGAUGCUUGGAAAAGGAGAGGAUGCAGAGGAGAGAGGGAUGGAAGACAAUAAGGAGAAUAAAGCAUUUCACAGUCCGUCAUACAUGACCAGAGCAAAGGUCAGAUAUAUAGUUGAAUGAAUGUUUUUACUUGAAAUGAAAGAAUGAAUUUUAGAUGCACUGUAGGUUGUUUUUUACUGGAAAAUAAAAUACAUCAUAAUAUAUGAUAUGAGCACUAUACACAAAGCAAUGAUUAAAGAAGACCCA